AUGAAUAGAGGAAUAAGAAAUAUUAUAAAGUACAUUAUUGAAAUUUUUUUCUUGAAAGAAAAAAUGCCAGCUAAUCAAUCAAAACGUAAACGAGCUGUUGAAGUUCAUAACAAAAAAGUUACACAACGUGGUAAUGUACCAAAAUCAAGUAAACAAGUUGAAGCCAAAACACCUGUUGGUCCAUGGCUUUUAGCUUUAUUCGUUUUUGUGGUUGUUGGUUCGGCUGUCUUUCAAAUAAUUCAAAGUAUUCGUAUGGCUUAA